AACAGCAGUGCGCCAUGGCUGUCGUCCUGGAAACAUCUGCCGCGCUGACAGCCGUCUUCACUUUCCUACUGGCGACGACUGGCACCGCGGCAAACCACACCUGCACCAGGAAAGUCGCGUUCACAGAGACUGCUUUCGAUGUGGAGUACAGGCCAAUCAUCCGCACCUCCUAUACACUCUGCUGGAGCGGGAGAUGCAGCAAGAACCGCGUCUUCUGGGAGACUGUCAAGACCUCGAAGGUGAUUCAGUCAUACAGGACUGAGGUGGAGUGCUGCCCAGGCUACAGCAGGGCGUCACAAUCCCACGACUGUGAACCCGUCUGUGAAGGAGGCUGUGCUCCGAGGCAGGAGUGUUCUGCUCCAGGCAGGUGCAGCUGUAAGGAGGGCUACCUGCCAGCACCAGCAGACAACAGCUGCCUGAGUCCGUGCGAGUUGCGAGGCUGCGAACACGGCUCCUGCACGGACCUGCACACGUGUACCUGCGACCCGGGCUACAGCCACCAGGAGGGUGGCCACUGCCAGCCGGUGUGCGCAGUGGGCUGCGGCAAGAACGCUCGCUGCGUGGCGCCCGGUCGCUGCAGCUGCCUGGAGGGUUACGGAGGGCUGGACUCCAGCGGAUGCCACCCACUGUGCAGGCUCCAGGCGCGAGGGGCCGAGUGCGUCGCCACGGAGCAGUACCAGUGUCUGCGGGGGUAUGUGUUCGACAAGCAGACGGAGACCGAGUACAUCUGCCGUCCGACAUGCAAAGUCGAGUGUAAGAAUGGGAAGUGUGUGGCACCCAACACGUGCGCCUGCCUCGAGGGCUACGAGUUGACCACCAGCACCACCUGCAGCCCCAUCUGCCAGCACGUGUGCUCACAUGGCGACUGUGUGGCGCCGGACAUGUGCCGCUGUCACCCGGGCUACCAGCUGGACCUUCAGGACGCGACCAACUCUACGUGUGUGCCCAUGUGCCGGUUGGCCUGCAUCAAUGGCCAUUGCACAGCUCCGGACACAUGCAGCUGCUUUGAUGGCUAUGUGGGUCCCAUGCCAUCCAACAGUAGCCUGGAGUCUAGCAGCAAUACCUCCAUCAGCCCAGAAGCCAGUGGGGAAGCCUUCAACAACACCUGCCUGCCCAUCUGCAACUCUGAAUGUCUCAAUGCCACGUGUGUGCUGCCUGACACAUGUGAGUGCCUGGAUGGCUAUGAGCUGGACCCUGAAGACGCCACCAACUCCACGUGUCGUCCAAUGUGCGAGGCCACUUGUGUCAACGCCAACUGCACAGCGACCAACACAUGCUCCUGCCUGGAGGGGUUCCAGAUGGACCCUAACGACCCGUCCAACAGUACCUGCAGACCCCUCAGCCAGUCGCUAGCGCUCUGUUCAGGGGAAACAUGCCACAGUUCUGCAGGGACAUCUCUACCAGUGGCAGCCGCUGCUGGGCUCGGGGUAGUGGCCCUACUGGCGCUGACGUCGACUGUGGUUGUGGUCGUGUGGUGGAAGAAGAGGCGGAGUGGCAAGGGCCUUCUCGAACAAGGAGAGGACAGCUACACGAAUCCCGCCUUCGGAGGCGACGGGCGGCACCAGUACGAAGUGCAGCUGCUUGAAGAGAGCAACGUCGACAGCGAGGACUGAACCGCUGCACGGCUGCACUACACUACACUGAACUAAACCACACUACACUAGCGACGGCCGCAACCGUAGAGGGCAACAGUCAGUGGUGUUCACCGUUAAGUAACCGAUUAUGAGUGUAUAUCUCCGAUUUGCAAUGAAGCGAGCGAACGCGUGCUCGCAAUUUCCCAUUACUAUGCUGGAGACUGUUAUAGACUAGCGGCGAACACGUAGCACUGUUGCGAAGCACUGCCUGGGUGUUGUCAGUGAGUUUCGUGCCGGAAGCAGAGCACACGUUUGCAGAUAAAUGUUUUUUUUCUGUAUCUAUGAUGUAACGCAAGUGACAAAUUCAUUUGCGUGUAUUUAAAAAUAUACCGACUGCAGCAGUUAAGUGCUUUAAUUCUGGUGAAACGCUAUAUUUUAGCCUUCAAAACCAUGUAUUUAUGAACUGCGAUGGUAAUUUAAUUUCAUAUUCAGAAACAUUUAGCGUAAUGACAUUUAGUUGGGCACUUGUUCUGAACAUAUUUCUUAAUGUAUAUAUCGUUUUUCAUGGCAACUGAAUAAUGGAUGAUGAGGCAAUGUUAUUUCAUAAAAUAAGUGUACGUAUUCCUAUUGAAACAUGGGUUUCUCUAAGGACGGUGAAGAUUUGAUUAGAUGCUCUAAUUACAAGCACUGGGCUCAUGAAGAAUGUGCUGGUUGUUCUCUUAUAAGCAGUGUAUGUUAAGAUUCUGUCAAAUUAUUUAGGAAAAUCACUACAAAAAUAGUGGGAUUCUCAACCUAUGCAGCAGUCACUGAAUUCUGUAACAAAAGAAAAAUUGUUGAUUAAAGUGUAGUUCUGCAUAAAGGAGAAGCGAGAGGCAUGACAAUACCGUACUCCCAUUCGUGACUGUCGAAGAUGAGACAACAACAUAGCCAACGUGUUCUGCAAUAAGUUCAACACUCAUCAUAGCUUCGUCAAAAUUAAAAUUACGUCAGCAACAGAAUGAACAACAAAAAGUAAAGAAAACCCAAAGAAAGUGAAAGACACGUGAUAACGAGGAGCCAUUACAGAACGGAACUGUUGGAAGUUAAGCUGAAGAAAGAUAAGCACAUCAACAAGGGAAAAAGGAAGUCAAUGGUGACGAAAGAAAGGACUAAAAGAUCCAGACCUGCUGAAAUAAAUAAUAAGAAAUCGCAGGCGCAAUAAGGAAAUGAUCCGGUGAGUGCAAGAAGGAGCGUUAUGGGGAUUAAAGUGAAGAAGACAAGGACACAGAAUAUUCGUAUUGAAACGACAGUUUCUCUAAGGGCAGUGAAAGUUUGAUUAGAUGCUCUAAUUACAAGCAGUGAGCCCAUGAACAAUGUGCUGGUUAUGACGCACAUGAUGACAUGUUUGUGUGUGAAAAUUGUAUUAAUACUUUAGAACUUAAUUUGACAUUGAAUAUAUGGCAAGUAAUACUGUGUAACUAGGAAACUGAAAGUAUAUCAACAUUUUGCGUAAUGUGGUGAAUUAUUAAUAUAUUGAAAUAUUUUUCUCAAAUUUAAAUAUAUUUAAUUCUACAACUA